UACAGGAAGUUCUUGCCUCUUACGUAUGUCAAAAUAUACAACAUGGCUGCAUUAUAGAAUGGACACAGCUGCGAUUAGUAGGACAUAUUCAAGGGGAAACAUUUCGUUCUGAUUCUAAACAAUACAGUUGGAGUUCUUUUAAGGGUUAGACGAGUACCACGUUGUUACGUUGUUUUAAAGAUGCAUAGUCUCACUAAAACGGCACUGUCUUUCAAUGGAAUCGGGCGGCGGUGUGUUGCUCUGAACCGUUUUUCAGAAACAAGAAUCAUUUGCAGAGGACUCACGUGCACAGCAGAACAUGAAAAUGAGCUCUAUGAUGUCAUUAUAUCUGGAGGAGGGAUGGUUGGGACCGCUAUGGCUUGUUCUUUAGGCUUGGAUCCAAACUUGGAGGGGAAGAAGAUUCUUUUGCUUGAAGCAGGCAACAAGAAAGUGAUGGACAAGGUCCCAGACGCCUACAGUACAAGAGUCAGCUCCAUCAGCCCGGGCUCUGCCACCCUCCUCAGUGGUGUUGGUGCAUGGGAUCACAUUAUGAACAUGAGAUGUAAGCCCUAUCAGAAGAUGCAGGUUUGGGAUGCCUGCUCUGAUGCCCUGAUUACAUUUGAUAAGGAGAACCUGCAGGACGAGAUGGCAUACAUUGUGGAGAACAACAUCAUUGUGGCAGCCCUGACGAAGCAGCUGGAGAAUCUCUCUGAUCAGGUGAGGGUCCAGUACAAAUCCAAGGUGGUGAAAUACACCUGGCCCAAGUCCCACCAGGUAGCUGACGCCAUCCCCUGGGUUCAGGUCACCCUGGCCAACGGACAGACUCUUCAAACCAAAUUACUGAUUGGAGCAGAUGGGCCAAAUUCGAUGGUAAGGCAGGAGGCGGGGAUACCCACGGUCAAGUGGAAUUAUGACCAAUCAGCUGUAGUGGCUGUCCUGCAUCUGUCUGAGCCAACAGAGAACAAUGUUGCCUGGCAGAGGUUCCUUCCAACAGGCCCCAUAGCAAUGUUACCAUUGUCGGACACAGAGAGCUCUCUGGUGUGGUCGACCAGCCACCGCCAUGCAGAGGAGCUACUGCAGCUGGAUGAGGAGAGCUUCGUGGACUCCAUCAACACUGCCUUUUGGAGUAAUGAGAACCACAGUGAGCUGGUGGAGACUGCUGGCUCUCUGUUCUGCACUGCCCUGUCAGUCCUCAUGCCGUCUGCAGGCUCGGCACGCCAGCUACCGCCCAGCGUGGCCGGGAUCGGCCCAAAGAGUCGGGUCAUGUUCCCCCUGGGCAUGGGCCAUGCGUCAGAGUACAUCAGGCACCGGGUGGCACUCAUCGGCGAUGCAGCACACCGCGUCCACCCUCUAGCUGGCCAGGGAGCCAACCUGGGCUUUGGGGAUGUGGCCUGCCUCACUCAGCUCCUGAGCCAGGCGGCCUUUAACGGGAAGGAUCUGGGGGCCAUGCAGCACCUGUUGGAAUAUGAGACAGAGCGCCAGCGACACAACCUGCCCAUGAUGGCUGCCAUCGACCUGAUGAAACGACUGUACUCUACUAACGGCCCCAUGGUUGUCUUACGCACCUUCGGUCUGCAGGCCACGAAUGCACUGCCAGCCAUGAAAGCUCAGAUCAUGGCGUUUGCAAGCAAGUGACACACACUGGUCCUGCCGUUUCAGUUUGAUGGUACGCCAAUGACUUUGUGAAUGGAAUGUAAAAGUGUAAAUGAAUAAAGUUAUUUUAUGCUCUGUUA